AUGGACGACCCUCAGCUCGCCGCCGCAUCUCGCCGCCGCCGUUCAUCCAUCGUAGACGGCCUGCAGCUUCCCUCGGCUACCAUGUACAACAACGCCUCGAGCGACGAGAGGCCCGACCAAGGCUCCCGGAAGCGCCGCCACAAAUCGCAUGACAUAGACAUCGGGCCGCGCCUCGCUGGAGAGGUGGAUGAUACCUCCUACUCGUCCAAGCGCCGCCGCUCUGCAAACUGGCCGCUGACGCAGGAGGAGGCUUGGUCUCCUGACUCCUCCCAGCGCAGCCGCCGCAGCAAAGGCUCGCACAACCGUCGCCAGGUCUCAUCGCCCGGCCGCUUGUCCAGGUUCCAGGAAGCCAGCAUGCACGACCGCGCCAGCAACCAGCCGCCCAGCGUGUUUACCCGCUUCUUUGGCAGCAGUCGUGGGAUUGCGCCCAUUGACCAGCUCAUGGAAGACUACCAUGCCGCCAAUGAUACCGCCCCGACGCACAGCCGCCCCUCUCUUCGGGCUUCUUCGCACCAGCCUAGCCAGUCCGUGACAAGCACUGCCACCACCGGCACUGCAGGCACCGCUAACACCAGAGAAUCGGGCAUCUUUCGGUUUGGGCGGUCGCUUGCCUCGACCUUCAACCCGAUCAACAUCUGGCAGAAAAUGCAGCAGAAAUGGAGCGAGACCCGGCAGGAGCUUAUCGAAGAGGCGCUUGACGAGCAGGCGCGUCAACUUAGGGAACGGGCGCUGAAGGCCGAUGAGGUAUAUGCGCAUCUGAAGAAGACGGGCCAGCUGGGCAAGCAGGGCACUCAUGCCAUCCCAAAUGGAACCCAGAUCUUCACUCCGGGCUACACCGCGCCAGCAGGUGAGCACUCCAACCAAAGGGACUCAGGAGUCGCCGGCAUCGAGCCGGAUUUCUCCCGUCCCUACGAGCAGAAGGAUGCUGCAAAACGCGCCGCUGACCUCUCUUCUCCGCCGGAGCGCAAGUCCGCUCUUCACUUUAAGACACCGUCCUUCGCGAAUCUGAAGAAGGCCCGGUCCGAAGCUCAGCUGGCGAAGCGUGCCCCGCCUUCAUCUCCAACUGCCGACCUGAGCGAUGCUGCUCAGACACCUCGCACGCUUCGCAGGAUCCAUUCCAAGAAAGACAUCGAUAAACAGCUCCAACUUCACAAGCGAGUCAGUGACCUGGAGGCCAAACUCAAGGAUGCUCGCCGCGAGCUAUAUGAUUGCCUGGGGGACGCUUCUCCGGUACCCACGUUUCCUGCCCAUCUUGCGGCGUCUCUGAACAGCAACAAGCCACGAGCCCCCACACCUCUCCGCAAAAGAGCUUCUGGACCUGCUGAGACCCUGCCUACCUUACCCUCCGAAAGCCUCCUAUUUUCGGACGAAGUCGAUGAUCGGGAAGAUUUCAUGCCAUCUUCACCGCCGCCAGCUGCUCAAAAGGAUGACGAGCAUGCAGCCGCUGCUCAGGAGGUAGAGCCUCCCACGCCCACUGCGACCAAAGACAUCUGGAUCGCAGCUGUCUCGCCAGUGAAGACUAAGUCAAAGUCGAGCAAAUCGACCAAGCCGGCGCCCGCCCAAAAAAGGAGAAGUGGUGAUGAAGAGGAUUUGACCAUCAAGCCUGGCCCUGUAGCAAGUGACGAUGCUGAAGGCGAGGAAGCGGCAGAGGAUCCUCCCAAGAAAAGGCGCCCUGGCAGGCCGAAGAAAUCCUCCGAGGCCCAACCGCAAGCAAAGCACAGCAAACAGAAGCGUGGAAACCAUGCCAAGCAAAUGGAAAUCCCAACGCAAGACGAGUCAGUCAGCGUACUUUCCACUGAAAGGGCGGCCAAGACGGCUGAGAAGCAGCCUGUGGUGCAUGCUAGCAUCGAUAAGGCAAUCGAGUCGAUGAACGAGGACGAUGUGACGACCGCAAAGGUUCUGCUCAGAGGCAGCUCCCCAAACAGACCGUCAGCUCUUGCUACGCCGUCUCAUCCGGCCACGCGUCGCAGUACUCGCUCUGUUUCUCCUGGCCGACGACGCGGGGGUGAGCAACCAGAGAAAAGCAGCGUUGUGAGUGUCGUACCUAACGGCAAGUCUGUUCCGCCAAUGCCUUCGGUUCCGGAGAACUUGAAGCUGCAGGCUUCCAAGCCCUCUAUUGUUGCUGAACAGAGGAAGGCCUCUUUCGAGUGGCCGGAUGACGUGUUUUAA